AACCUGUGUGUUUUAUAUGCAUCUGUCUGGGUCAGUUGAAGUUAACCAGUAACAAACGUGUUACAACGUGCACGGAACACUAACAGUUUCCUUUGCCGAUGAGUAGUAAGACCUGUAACCGGACAGGACCUGAUUCAACACACGCUCCACUCCUCGCUGCUUAUUUUACGUGUUUUCUCUAUGAAGUCUGGCAACUCGGUGACCAAAGGCUAAAGGCACCGACUGCUGCUGUUGUAGCCAGCUGAUCCCGGUAAACAGCCUCUGACACAGGCUGCUGUAGGUGUUUAUCACUGCCAUGCUAACACCUGGAUGAGCUGAGGGACCCGCUGAUAACAGUAAUUCUCCUGCUGUUUCCCACAAUCCUCGGCUGACUGACUGUAAUCUGAAUGUGUUAAUGUAACGCUGUGUGGACAUUCCUCUCUCUGCACCCGCUGGGAGCUUUAAGCAUGAGAGGUCACGAGGACCUGGAGGGGUCACGUGACUCAUUCCUCGGUUUCUUCCCCCCUGGCUGAGCCACCUGACGUGGGGGCCGGCCGCUCGGGGAGGGUGAGUCUGGAUCUGGAGUCCCAGUUUGUCUGAGCCGGAGCUGAGGGAGGAUGAAGCUGAUCUCUGAGCAGAGGGAUGAGGAUCCAGACCUCCAGCUCCUUAUGGCUGUAUAUGAUGAGAACAUCCUGAAGAAUCCUUUCUACUUGGCGUUGGAGAAGCAGAGACCGGACCUCUGCAGCCGAGUGGCCGAACUCCACGGCAUCGUCCUCGUUCCCUGUUGUGGAAGUUUGAACGCCAGCAGCUUCUCGGACUCUCAGUUCGACAGCUAUGUCCUGCAGCCCGCGGAGGACGGAUACCACACUAUGGAUGGAAAGGAGGUCAGGAUCCAGGACAGGCAGGUCCUGCUGGGAUCCGGCUUCCCGGCUCCGGCGUCGGUCCCGAUCCUGUUCGAGGAAACCUUCUACAACGACCAGGAGCAGAGCUACAGCAUCCUGUGCAUCUCCCGGCCCGUGGAGGUGGAGCCGAGCCCGGCCGAGCUCAGCCCGCCGCCUCCUUACUGCCUGAAGAGCGUGGAGGACGUCAGGGAGUUCCUGGGACGCCACGCCCAGAAACUGGACAAGUUCAUCCUCGGCUUCUGUCAGGCCUUCAAGGAGCAGGAGAGGAAGGGACUCCGACACCACAUAGACUCUGUGAACGGUCUCUACACUAAAUGUCUUCAGUGUCUGCUGAGAGACUCUCGCCUGAAACUUCUGGCCAAGCAGGAGCUUCAGAUGACGCUUCUCAAACAGGCGGUGGAGAUGUAUGUUCAUCAUGGUAUCCAUGAUUUAAUCUUUAACUUUGUGGGAACGCUUGAAGCCAGCCAGGACGCCGCCUUCAAUAAAACCACCAGGAGUCUACAGGAGCUGCAGCAGAAAGACCUGGGAGUCAAACCUGAGUUCAGUAUAAACUUGUCUCGGGCGAAGAGGGAACUGAGUCAGCUCAACCAUCAGACCUCCCCUCUCCUCAAACUGCUGUGUCUGCGCAGAGUCACCCUGACGGCCACGCAGACGCCCAGACGCACCGUCAGUAUCGAGGCUGUGAGCGCAGACGACCUGCUCUCCGUCAUCCUCUACCUGCUGGUGAAGACGGAAAUCCCCAACUGGAUGGCCAACCUGAGCUACAUCAGGAACUUCUGCUUCAGCCACUCCAGUAAAGACGAGCUCAGCUACUGUCUGAGCACCUUCGAGGCGGCGGUGGAGUACAUCAACCUGGGGAAGCUGCAGGACACACACUCUGGCUCAGGUGAGCUGAACGACAAGGCUCUGUUCAAAGAGAGGAUGAGUCUGUUGUCUCAGAGCGCCGCCACGCCCAUCCACUGUCUGUUUGAGCACAUAGCGAAUGGGAACGAGGCCGAGGUUGAACGUCUGCUGAGCGAAGGCGAGAGCGACGAGGACGUCAGGAUGUGUCACCCCCUCUGCUCCUGUGACCUCUGUGACCUCCAGCUGUCCGGGCGGCUGAACGACCCGUCCAUCGUCACGGCGUUCUCCAGAGACGACCGCGGUUACACUCCGCUGCACGUCGCUGCUAUCUGUGGUCAGGCUCAGCUGAUCGACCUGCUGGUGUGUAAAGGAGCGCCGGUUAACGCCACCGACUACCACGCCCUCACGCCGCUGCACCUCGCCUGCCAACGGGGAUACCAGGGAGUCACGCUGCUGCUGCUUCACUACAAGGCCAACACAGACGCUCAGGACAACAACGGCAACACACCGCUGCACCUCGCCUGCAUGUACGGACACGAGGACUGUGUGAAGGCGUUGGUGUACUAUGACGUCGAGACGUGCCGCCUGGACCUGCAGAACGAUAAAGGCGACACGGCGCUGCACAUGGCGGCUCGGUGGGGCUACGAGGGAAUCAUCCAGGUGCUGCUGGAGAACGGAGCGAGCACCAACAUCCCCAACAAGAACAAAGAGUCGCCGCUGCAGUGCGCGCUCAACUCCAAGAUCCUCAUGCUGCUGCAGUCGACUCAGAACGGACGUCAGCGCAGCAGAGUCGACUCUCCCAGUCGCUCCCCUCUGGCCUCAGACUGCAGCAGCCGUCGCUCCUCCAUCUCCAGCACCUCCUCUCUGGGCUCCGAGGCCAAACCAGAGGGAGAACGGGUUCGACACAGAGAGGUGGAGAAGCUGCUGCGUGCCGUGGCAGACGGAGACGUAGAGAUGGUGCGUUACCUGUUGGAGUGGAUGGACGAGGAAGAGGAGGAUGAAGGAGAGAUUCGUUCUGAGGCUCUGCUCUGCCACCCUCUGUGUCAGUGUCCCAACUGCGCCCCCACCCAGAAGUUGUCUGUCCUUCAGGCCGGAGCUCUCGGCGUCAACAGCUGCAACGUCGACGGCUUCGCGCCGCUCCACGUCGCCGCCCUGCACGGCCACUCGGCGCUGGCCGCCCUGCUGAUCCGCCACGGAGCCAACGUCAACGCCCGCACCAACCAGAGCGCCACGCCGCUUCACCUGGCCAGCCAGCACAGCCACGUCCAGGUGGUGAGGUUUCUGCUCGAGUGCAACGCCAAACUGAAUAAGAAGGAUCACUAUGGCAACACGCCGCUGAUACACGCCUGUCUCUGUGGAAACCAGGAGACGGUCACCACCCUGUUACAGAGUAACGCUCUGGUGAACGUGGCGAACCUCCAGGGGAACACGGCGCUCCACGAGGCGGUGCGGGGCGGACACCAGGCGCUGGUGGAGCUGCUGCUGAGGGGCGGAGCCUCGGCCGGACUCAGGAACAAGAGGCAGAGGACGCCGCUGGACUGCGCCUACGAACUGGGAGGGAAGAACACUGAGAUCCUGAGAGCUCUGCAGAAAGCGUCUGGACUCUCCCCCGAUGCUGAACCAAUCAAACUCCUCUCUGUGCCCAAAGGAGCUCUGGCUCAUUCGUUCGUGCAGCGUCUGCGGCUGCAGGAUAAUUCCAACGGCAGGAAACAGAAACUGGCUCAGUCCAUCAGCAGGAUUCAGCAGAUGAAGAAAGGUUCCUCUGGUUCUCCUCCCAGGUGUUCACCCACCCUGAACCAGAUGAACCCUGACAGGAGGAGGUUGAGGCGAGGGGAGACGGUGGAGGUCAGCAGCCCCUCAGGGAGCCUGGACGCCGGGCCCCGGCCGAGAGAGCGGCCCCUGGGUCGCUGCCACACCAUGGACUCCGGAGAGCGAGCAGCGGAGCGGGCGGAGUCCACGCACGCUCCCAACGCCGCCGCUGCCGCUGCCGUUCUGCCAGCAGGCGCUCAGACGUCCAGAGAGACGGAGCCUGAAACACGCUCCUCUGACUGCAGCAUGGGGAGCGAGAGCUCGCCGUCGCCGCCGUCUAACACCUCAUCACACGCCGAUAACUCCUUCGAAGCCCCGCCCACUCACGACCGCUCGGCCUCACUCGAGUCCGACGACGGCCACAGUCUGCAGCCUGUGAACGGGACGUUAGAGGAGUCAUGUGACGAGCAGACGAGGCCUCGUGUGGACGCAGAGGACGGGAACUCGAAUCCCACCCACACCACAGACCUUCACCCCCCCGUCCAGACUGACGGAGGUGAGCCGACGGACGCCGACCGAACACCGGAGACGAGGCAGUGAAGUGUUCGUCCUGCAGAGCAACAAUGAACACUGAAGGGAGGAAACAGACAGAACCAAAAGGAAGAAAGAAAACAGAAAUUCACCAGUGAUGCAACAGUAACUACAGAGAAACACUCUACAGAGACGACACAGAGGCUGAAGGGUCAGUUCACUCAUUUUACAGGAAGACGUGUUGCUCUGCUCUCUAAACCAGAAACAGCUCCUGCUCAGAUAACAUCCAGUCCUGUGUCUCAGUGAAUCAGACACCGAAACACUUGGAGCUGCAGAAUAUUACAAAUACAUUUGACCUUUACACAGAUGAUCAUGUUGCAGGAGCUGCAGCAGUUACAGUUUCUGCUUCAGAAAGAAGAGUAUCAGAACGUUUUAAUAACAUCUGUCUGUCUGAAGCUCCAUAAAGGGAGGAGAUGCUGCAGAGGCUGGAUUGUGCAGGUGUACCUAAUAAAGUGGUCAGGGAGUGUGUGCUGAGGCGAAGGGGAAGGUGAAGAUAAAUGUAAAUUGGGUGAACUGAGCCUUUAAAGUGCAGAGUGUUUCCUCUCUGACCCGUCGCUGCUGAUGUUUUUAAACUCAGAGGAAACAGCAGGUGUUGGUGGUGUGGUCUCCUCCUCCUCCUCCUCCUCCUCCUCCUCCUCCUCCUCCUCCUCCUCCUCUAACCUGAGUUUGAAGCACUUUCUUCUUCUAGCCUUCACAAAAGGAAAAAGGGAUGCAAACUGACCUUAGAUUAGUUUCAUACUGUUUUGAAUGUCGUUGCUUUAGUUUGAGCAGAUCAGACUUCAUUUGAAGAACAUGUUGUUUUUCUUUUACUUGAAAACUAAACGUUUCUCCUGUUUAACAUCGUUCUGCUCCGCUCACUGUUUUAUUAGGAUGAUUUGAUUUUAUUUAUGACCCUCGCUGACGGCGGCGUGUCGUGUGUUCAGAGAGGUUCGGCUUCUCCUGAACGUGUUUUUCUUCACAGACGUAGAGGAAGUUAAAGGACGGCGGCGCUGCCUCUGCAGGUUUCUCACAAAUCUGAUUUUACAUCAGUUUAUUUCAUGAAAGUCAACUUGAAACUUGCUAAAUAAAAAUACAGCAGUUAACAAAUAUGAAACUACAGGUUUAGCUUUGGUGUGGUGCAUUCAAGAACCCUUUGAUAAGGAGGAAAUGAUAGCACUGGUGUUUUUUUUUAAUGUUAUUUAUUAAAAAGUUUAAUAUUAUAAUUUUUCAUCAGAUUUAAGGUGAAACACUUGAGGAAAUAAGAGUUUCUUCACUCACUGGUUCAUUUUGAGAUUUUGGUCUGUUUUUAAAUCCCAGAACAUUUUCUCAAAAUGACUUUUUCUCUCACUUUGAUCUAAAUCUCCUCUUCAGCAGAUCUUACAUCAUUUACUGAACAUUCCAGAUUCUGAAGGAUUUUACAAGGAGCUGUGUUUAUAUCAUUCACAGUCUGAUUAUCGAACAUUUGUUCUCUAAAAACAGAGAAAAUGUAUUAAUGGAGUAUUAAAAAGAGUCAGUCUUAAUGUCAAUAAUCAGCUGGAGGAAGUUUCUUCAUGAGUAUUAGUUAAAUUUUGACCCUGCUCACCUGUAGUCUCACCUGAAGUGGAAGCGUAUUGUGAUAGUUUCAUGUUCAUUUUGCAUAAAAUUCUGUUCGUCAAAAUCAAUUAAUGUCAGUAACUGACAUGAUACAGGUUGACAUCGGUAAAAACUGGUAUUUAUAUCGUCUCUGUUGAUUUUUCCACUCUGCAGGUUUGUUCAUGUAAAAACAGACGCUGUGAUUUGUACAUUUAAGCAGCGUUGAUGUAAAACAUUCAGUCGUUAAUGAGCGAAGUGAAACCUGCAGACUCAGCAGCCUGAUCCUUUUAACAUUAGAGGAUAUUUAACCUAUAUUACACCAGACUGAAGUAAUAAUGCAGUACUGUAUAUCUGUCACCAUCGGUGUCACUGUUCACUGUAGUGUGUGUGUGUGUGUGUGUGUGUUUGAUACCUCCUUUGAUUCUUUGUGUUUCCGUCUGUUUGUUCUCCCUCCAUCUGUCCAUCACAAACAAACAAACAAACAAACAAACAAACAGCGUCUCUGUGUUUUAAGCUGUUUUAAGGAUGUCAAACCCAAUCACAAGCCAAGUCCUUAUUUUUGUACCUGUUUUUAUUUCCAGGGUUCGGAUGUUUAAAGACGACGUGUGAAUGUCAAUGUGCCUUAUUUAAUUCACACCCAGAUAACCGAUAAUAAACCUUUGAUUUGAACGCUGA